AUGUCCACUCUCCAGGAGAAGAACAAGGCCGUGGUGCAAAAGUACUUCGAAGAGUACUGGGGCAAGGGCAACGUUUCCAUUGUGGACGAAGUAUGUGCCGACAACUUUGUUAUCGAUUAUCCCAUGCAUGGACCCCGGCACGGUAAAGAAGCGGCGAAGAAAAUGCUGCUCGAAUUUCGCGAGGCGUUUCCAGAUAUUUCCUUCCACGCCUACAAGUUCCCUCUGAUUGCAGAGGGGGAUUAUGUAGUUGGUCGCUGGAUCGGGGGCGGCAAGCACACCGGCCGGGCAUUCGAUGAUCUUGCAGUUGGCACGCUCGACAAGGCAAAUACGGGGAGGGAGGUGUAUUUCUCAGGCACAACGAUUUUUACCUUGAAGGAUGGCAAGAUUGUGGAUGAGAUUGGUGAAGAGCAAGCUCUGACUGCUCUGCAGCAGCUGGGACUAGUCUCUCCUCCUAAUCCGGGAAAGGAGAUCAAGUAUGAUGCGGAUGGGAAUCAUGUCUGA